AGCUGCACACUGAUUAUGAAGACCAACUGGCUGUAUUAAAGAAGUUCAUUUUUUCCUUCCUUGUGUUGCAUGAUAGCUGAGGUCAAAGUAAUAUAAUAACAGCACAUGAUGAGUAUGGGAAGAAUGUUAUAAACUGGAUCCGACUACAAACAGAAAUGCAAAUGGCUGCUCUCUACCAUUUUCUGCUUUGGAUACUUGCCCCUCUUACAGUGGCUGGAGAUGUUAAUAACAACAUUGUACAUCUGACAUGCUUACAGGUUGUUGCAGAGAAAAGCUAUGACUGUUCAGGGCUGGGAGCAACACGUGUUCCAGAAAGCCUUCCACCUACAACAGAAACUUUGGACUUCAGUUUUAACAGUAUAACGGCACUGUAUAACUCAACUUUUUCAAGGCUAAACCAACUGGUGUUCUUAGAUCUGACAAGGUCUCAGAUUAACUGGAUCUAUGAGAAUGUGUUUCAGGAACAUCUUUAUUUGACUACUCUCAUACUAACAGGAAACUUGUUGCUAUUUGUGUCAGAAACAUCCCUUUCUGGACCUAUCAGACUCCAACAUCUUUUUCUGUCACAAACUGGGAUUACUUCAUUGACAUUUAUUCCACUAGAAAAAUUGGAUAAUUUAGAAACAUUGGUACUGGGUAGUAACCGCAUCUCCUCACUUCAUGCUUUAAACAGACUUAAUACUGAGCACCUAAAACACCUAGAUUUACAGAUGAAUGACAUCCAGAAUAUAUCGGCAGAAGAUGUUUCUACUUUGAAAAAUGUACCCUUAGAAUUUAAUCUGAAUCUGAAAGGCAAUGCUUUAAAAUACAUGGAUGACGCAGCCUUCGACUCAUUUCACUUUCAUAGCUUAGAUUUGAGUGCCUGCAUUAUUAAUACUGACUCAGCUGAGAUACUGAAGGGACUCAGGGGACUUCAAAUUGACAUUCUAAAACUGGGAAGCUACCGGGAUUUCAAAGGUGAUGAUCAUUUGUAUCCCAGGACUCUCCAUCCACUCUGUCAGGUGUCAGUGAAAGAAGUAAAUUUUCAGAGUACACAUUUUAAAGCCUUUUCCAAUCUUACAUUCCAAUGUCUGAACAAGGUUCAAAAGCUGAUUAUAAGAAAUUGUGGUGUCAGUGAUUUGCCUUCCAAUAUACAAGGUAUGGAAGUACUAACACACCUGAUUUUGGAUGAGAAUUCUUUUGAAAGUAUAUGUGACAUGAAUUUAGGUGUUUUCCCCUCACUGACUCAUCUAUCUGUAAAAGGGAAUCACAGGAUAUUAAACUCAAAGGAGGGGUGUCUGCCUCCAAACCUUGUGUUUUUAGAUUUAAGUCACAGUUCAAUUGAAUCAAAAAGUUUCUGCACUGAGCAGCUACAAGGGCUAACUAAGUUGCAAUACUUUAAUUUUAGCUUUAAUGUUGAACAAGAACUGCAGCGAUUACCUUUUGAGAGCACAAUCAACUUAAAAGUCCUAGAUAUGUCAUAUACUCGUAUUGACUAUAAAGAUUUAACUGGGCCUUUUCAGAACUUAAACCAACUGCUUGUUCUAAACUUGUCUUAUACCAACACUGAUAUUGGAAAACAAAACCUCCUGGAAGGGUUGCAAAGCCUUCAGUUGCUAGAUUUGCGAGGGAACACGUUUUCUAAUGGAGUUAUUCAAAGUGAUACAUUUAGUUCUGUACCUGUGUUACAUGUGUUAAUUUUGUCUGAAUGCAAAUUAACAGCUAUACAUAAAACUGCAUUUCUACCUCUUAAAAACUUAACAUUACUCGAUGUAAGUAGUAAUAAGCUUACCAUACUUAGCACAAGUUUAUUGUUUGAUAUCAGUAACAUAUCUUUAAAUUUUGCUUCUAAUGAAAUUCAGAUAAUUUCAGAUGACACAAUCAGUCACUUAUCUAAAAAAAGCAAAAUUAAUUUGAGCUACAACCCAAUAGCAUGCAACUGUUCCAAUUAUGAAUCUAUAGUCUGGUAUCAACAUAACCUUGAUAAAGUACUGAGCCAACAUCAAACAGCUUGUGGUCCACCUCUCUCCAAAAUCCUUCUGUCUGAAAUCUCCUUAUCCUGUAGUCACAGAAGUUUAAUUGCUGUCUGGAUUGUGCUGAUUCUGGUUCUGUUGUCUGUUCUUAUUAUUUUUAUGGUUAAGUAUUUAAACAGAAGAAUACAUCGCUAUGAACAAAUAGCCAUGUAAGAUUAAAAAAAUCAGAAUUAAGGCACAGAUGGAUAGGUGUUUUUUCAGGUUUACAGGUUAUUGUUAAAUAACUAUGGAAGUAUAAUUCACAGCACUAGAACAGUUGCAAAUGUGAACAUUACUUUGAACUGAGAUGAAUACUGAAAUGAUCAGAUUCUUAAAUAAAUAUCAGCUCUGUGAACUGUGCAGGAGGUCGCAGCUGAGGACAGAGGUUUAAAGGCAUGCUUAAGCCUGAAGUGCCAAGCUACUGGAGUCAGCUAAUUAUUUCGCUAUAUUGUUACCUUGAAAUGCUUUUUUACUUUACUGUACCACACCAUCGCUAGCAGUCUAAUGCAGGUAAUUUGCUUCACAACCUGCUAUUUCUUUGGUCAUGUUGACAUUACAGUUCAGUACUGAAAUAAGUCAAUAAAAUAUACAUCUGUCUGUUUAGUUUCCAUUACAGUUAUGCACUAAAAUCCGUGAAUGAACCUGCACUGCUGUUUCCUUCUGUUCUGUUUUAUCAGGCACUGAAGGUUUGCCAACUUGGAAUUAGAAACAUGUUGCAGCCAGCUGUACUUGCCCAGAUCAAGGUCAUUAUUCUGUUAGUAAUUUAUGUGUUAUUAUAAACACUAAACGCCCACAAUUUCAUGCGAAAGCUGAGUGCUAAAAAUGCAAACAAUACAUUUUUUAUAGUCACCGUAUAUGGAUAUAGAUAUAUAGAUAUAUAAAUAAAUGUCUAUAUAUCACAUAUCAUGUCACUGUAACAUGCACUGUUACUAAUUUAAGUCUAAGACCUCCUACUUCACUCCACUAAUGUGAAUUUUUUUCAGCCAUUUUUUUUUGUCUAUGAUAUACCCCAGUAAACUUAAAAGUAUGUCUGGUAGUUGAUAGCUGUCAACCAAGUUGCUGAUCCUUCAACAAGAUGAAGGAUGACACUUUCCUCAUGCCAUCUCCUAUUCCUUUCCGCAGUUGCCUCUUAGGGGAAGUGAUUUGGGGGUCAUAAUAAAAAAAAAAAAACAUUAUUGCAAUGUUGUUAAGAUACUCUUCACUGACUUCCUACUUUAGUACAAAACUCGUCUUUUUUAUCUGGCCACUGAAGCUCUUUUGUUCAUAUUCUGAGACCUAAAUGAUCUGAACAUUGAGAAUUCAACCCAUAUAGUGCUGGCAUGGUUUCUUCAACAAUGUUAUGCAGUGAUGAAUUAAGUGUAGAUUUAGCCCUGGAUGAUUUUCAAACCAUGUCCUUUUUUUUAAACCAUGCAUAAAUGUGAAUGUUCUUUUGAAGUCUCCAUCUUGACUGUUUUAAAGUUGCUCUUGUAUAUUAAAUCUAUAUUUAUUGUUUAAUAAAGGAAAA